AUGGCUGAGGGAGGAACUGUGAAAGCCGAUAAGACAGAAUUCACAGAAUGCUUGAGGACAACAAUAAAAACACCUUACAUCCUCAGACUUGCACUAUCAGCUGGCAUUGGAGGCCUCUUAUUUGGUUAUGAUACUGGUGUCAUAUCUGGUGCAUUGCUGUACAUCAAAGAUGAGUUCGAAGAAGUCGAGAGGAGAACCUUUUUGCAGGAAGUGAUUGUCAGCAUGGCUGUGGCCGGAGCUAUAUUUGGUGCUGCUAUAGGCGGAUGGAUUAAUGAUAAGUUUGGGAGGAGGAUGUCAAUCCUAAUAGCAGAUGUUCUCUUCUUCUUCGGAGCAAUUAUAAUGGCAAUUGCUCCAGCUCCAUGGAUGAUUAUUAUCGGAAGAAUUUUCGUUGGUUUAGGAGUUGGCAUGGCUUCCAUGACAUCUCCUCUUUACAUUUCUGAAGCUUCACCAGCUAGAAUAAGAGGUGCACUUGUUAGCACUAAUGGUUUUCUCAUCACCGGAGGACAAUUCUUAUCUUAUCUUAUUAAUCUUGCCUUCACUAGAGUUCAUGGAACAUGGCGUUGGAUGCUCGGUGUUGCUGGAUUACCAGCUCUUGUUCAAUUCAUUUUAAUGUUAUCUCUGCCUGAAUCUCCUAGAUGGCUUUACAGAAAGAAUAAGGUCGAUGAAGCUAGAGCAAUUCUUGAAAGGAUUUACCCAGCAGAUGAAGUUGAAAACGAGUUGAGUGCUCUAAGAUCCUCGAUUGAGCACGAGAAGGAAGAAGAGGCUUCGAUUGGAGAGAGUCUUGGUGCAAAAUUAAAGGGUGCUUUUGGAAACAAAGUGGUUCGAAGAGGAUUAUACGCAGGAGUCACAUGUCAAGUAGCUCAACAAUUUGUGGGUAUAAACACAGUCAUGUAUUACAGUCCUUCGAUUGUUCAAUUUGCUGGAUAUGCCUCUAACAGUACAGCACUAGCUCUCUCCCUUGUCACUUCUAGUCUCAACUGGUUAUGCACCCUUAUCAGCAUGGCUUUUGUAGAUAGAUAUGGAAGGAGGAGGCUCAUGAUCGUAUCCAUGUAUGGAAUAAUCUCUUGUCUCAUCGUGUUAUCCAUCAUAUUUAGCCAAGCAUCGAUUCAUUCACCCAAGAUAGAUCAAGUUGAAUCUACCAACUUUGCAAAUUCCACUUGCACCUCUUUCAUUCGAGCUAAUAAUCCCACCAAGUGGAAUUGCAUGAAGUGCUUAAAAGUUGAAUGUGGUUUUUGUGCCAAUAAAAAUGAGUUCAGCCCAGGAGCAUGCUUUGCUAAAACUGAUGCACUACAAGACUCAUGUCAUGCUCAAGGAAGGACAUGGUUCAAAGAUGGUUGUCCAAGCAGAUUCGGGUUUCUAGCCAUUAUCUUUUUAGGAUUAUAUAUCAUCGUCUAUGCCCCCGGAAUGGGAACUGUCCCGUGGAUCGUGAAUUCGGAGAUAUAUCCAUUGAGAUAUAGAGGUAUUGGAGGAGGAAUUGCAGCAGUAUCCAACUGGACUUCUAACCUUAUAGUGAGCUUGACAUUUCUAAGUCUUACUAAAGCUAUUGGUUCUUCUGGGACUUUCUUGCUCUUUGCUGGGUUUUCUCUCAUUGGACUUGUUGCCAUUUAUUUUCUGGUGCCUGAAACUAAAGGUCUGCAAUUUGAAGAAGUGGAGAAGAUGUUGGAGAUUGGGUUUAAACCAAGUCUAUGUGGCGAGAAGAAUGCUAAAGAAGAUCAUAAUAAUGCUUGA